AUGGCAUACUUGAUCUGGACCAGUGGAACAACAGGCCUGCCUGAAGGUGUACAAGUGCAGCAUAGCGCCGCAGCCACAGCUAUGAAAUCUUUGAGGGAAAGCAUACCUGUAAGCCGUUCUGGCGCAGUCUGCUGUCUCCAAUUUUCACAACCAACAUUCGACGUCUUCGUGCAAGAUCUCUUCUACACCUGGGAUUUGCGCGGAACUGUCAUCGCAGCACCCAAAGAUGUAAUGCUUGGUUCUUUUCCCGAUCUCGCUUACGCAACCAAUGCGACGCAUGCUCAUUUGACUCCUGCGUUCGCAACAAUUGUAGCUCGCGCUCAUUGUAAAACACUCGAUGUUGUGACUAUGAUUGGAGAAGCCUUGCCUCAGCCUGUUGCAAAUGAUUGGUCCCAAAAUAUUCUCGCGUAUAACACUUAUGGUCCCUCCGAAGCGAAUGUUGUAUCUACAGUCAAACAAUUUGGCGGUUUCAAAAAUCUAUUCAAGAGUACAAAUGUCGGAUUACCAUUACCCUCCGUGGGCUUCUUUGUGCUUAACAACGAGCGAGUCGUCAUGCGACAUGGUUUGGGUGAGCUCGCUCUUUCGGGUCCACAAGUAGCUCGAGGCUAUUGGAAAGACCUAGCUAAGACGGAAGAAAAGUUCCAUUGGAAUGAGAGUUGUGGAGCCCAUAUAUACAUGACCGGGGAAAUUGUCCGUCGGCUUCACGAUGGCAGUCUAGAGUUCGUGGGACGUCGUGAUGAUCCGAUGAAGAUCAACGGAAUGCGAGUAGAGUUGAGCGAGAUCAGUUUUGCGCUCAGCCAUUGUCAUCCCGAUACGGAACAAGCGGCUACUAUGCUCAUGGCCCGACCAGAUCGUCCGAUGAAGGUCUUGGUGACCUUCUUAUCAACCCCAAGUACUCCUGCCCAAGAUUUACUCAUUACCAAUGAUUGUGCGGUCGAAGUUGCCAAAGCCGCUAUGGCUGUAUCGAAAGCAAAUCUCCCAGAACAUAUGAUCCCUAGCGUUUUCGUGGUAUUAAACCGCAUCCCGGUGACUGCUUUCACCAAGAUCGACCGCAAACCAUUAUCUAGUGCUUAUGAAGCUUUGGAUCUGGUAUCAUGGAAAAGUAACUUCACAUUUACCCAGGACUCGGUUUGGACAGAAGAGGAAGAACGAAUCCUCGAGCAUUUCGCCACCUUUUUAGGAACCGAGAGCAAGAAUUUCCGAUCAAACAGUCGACUAGCAACCUUAGGUUUUGAUUCAAUCGCCGCAGUGCGUUUCACAGCAAGAUUGAAGACUACCGGUUACAAGGUUUCAGCUGCACAUAUGCUACACUGUCAAACCGUCGCGGAUCUCUGCAAUCUCUUCAACAAGCCCGCUUCCAAUUCCACUUGUCUUGAUUCCUCCUCCAGAAUACUCGAUGAAUUCCACCGUCAAUGGUUCUCAAAGGUUGCAGAAACCGCUUUAGUUGACGUCAAAGCAUUUUCAGUCUGUCCGACCUUGCCACUACAGAAAAAUCUUCUCAGUGAACCUUUCCGCAACUAUGAGUACUAUUGGAGUAACCACUUUUUUGAUCUCUCUGAUAGCAUCGAUCUCGAACUUUUGAAGACAGCUUCGUGCCAGGUGGCUCAGAAUACCGAAGCUCUUCGUAUUGGAUUCUUGCCAACGGCUUCGGUGUCUGCAAAAGCAAAUUCCGGAUUUGGUGCAUCGACAUUUCUUCAAUUGAUUCACGAGAAGCCAUCUGUAGACUGGUCUGUUGUGAAAAUUAAAAACGAGGAUCUCGCAACAAGCGCAAAAACUUAUGCACAACAAAUCGCUCUCAAGCAUCAAAGCAGUGCAUUUAUCAGUUAUCCGUGGGCUGUCGUUGUAUUCGAGCGUGAUGAUGUGAGAACAAUGAUGCUCUCAAUCCACCACGCUAUCCACGAUGGACCUUCCUUGAAGUUCAUCAUUGAUGAUAUUCAAGCUGCAUACACCUCUCAGGAAAACCUACGCAGCCCACGUCACCAGAUCCAAGAAGCCAUCGCACCUUCCUUCAUGCGAACAACCAGUCCACAAGAAGACAUGGCCUUCUGGAAAAACACGCUUAAAGACUUUGUCAGCGAGGUAGACGACAGCGUAGAAAAUAGGGCUCCAGAAAAUAAAUCUCGCACCUACAAUACCGCAUCCAUUCCCCUCUCCGUACCAAUCUCCAAGCUGCAAAGCACAGCUCAAGAAUUCAACUGCUCGUCUGCAAAUUCCAUCCUCCGUGCCGCCUGGGCAUGCAUAGUAUCCGAGUUCCUCGAGACGGACCAGAAAAUCGUGAUUGGCGAAGUGUUAUCCAAACGUCUGGCUUCUUCUUCCCUCGAAGAUAUCAUCAGUUCUCUCGUAUCUUUGACCCCCGUCCCCAUCUUCACAUCCGGAACCGCGAGAGAAAUAGUCAGUAAACACGAUUCCAUGAAUAUUGCCGCCUACAACCACCGCGAUGCCAAUCCGGGUAUGCUUCGCAAGCUCAUCAGACGACCGAAAUCCCAGCCGCUUUAUCCCGCUGUCCUUGUGUUCCAUCCACACAAUACGGAAAGCGAACAUAAAUACGAGCUCUGGAAUGAGAUCAAAGAUUUCCUAGGUCUGAACUUCGAACGUGAUCUCCGCUCAAUGUAG